GCUGAUUCAGAUAUCGCGCACCACAAACUAGUAGCAAAUGAAUACUAAUUUACCACUCGAAAUCCUCGCCGUCGUCUUCGAGGAGUACUCAGUGCUCGUACACGAAGACGGAAGACCCUGGCAGCUACACAUCUGCGACAAAGUCUGCCUGCAGAACUGGAUCUGCGUCACCCACGUCUGUCGGCAGUGGCGCGCGGCUGCUCUCGGAUGCUCAGUGCUCUGGUGUCGUCCCCCGCUUGUAUCUCAUCAGUGGACGAAGGAGUUUCUCUCGCGUUCCACAAACUCCCCUCUCAUCAUGUCAGCACACCUGAUCACUGAUCACUUGUUCAUGCAGCCUGUCACAGAGACCCUCUAUCGCUCGCUCGUGCAGCCUGUCACAGAAAACCUCUAUCGCACCCGAGAGCUGGUCGUCGAGACGACGGCCGGUCCGCUGGGAGAAAUACUCGUUGAUUUACAUCGUCAAUCUCUAUGCCAAAAGUCGCUGCCCCUCGAGGCGCUCAGCCUCAUCCGUGUCGAAGCAGGUGGCUGGGGCCAAGACCAUCUCUCACCGGAUAUCCGGCUCUGCAGCGUCCGUGGCCUUACACGCCUGCAUCUAAGCAACACAACCCACGGACUUCCUCCAGAUUUCCUAGAUGAAAUGCAGAGCCUGCAGGAGCUGUCGCUCGUUCACACCAUCUGGUGCUUACAAGAAGGCCAGAGAAACGCCCGCAUCCGUCUCCCGCGGCUGCGCCGCCUACACCUCACGGAAAAUCUUACUGCCUGCCGGGAUUAUGUGGCGACUCUAGAGCUCUCAGGUCCUCUGGACUACAUUGGCAUAGAGGAUGACUACUCUCAUCUUUCCCCACAUGAGCUUGUGUCUUUCGCCAAAAACAUCUUUAGCACUCGUCAUGUGAUUGGUCAAGGUGGCGGGGUAGAACUUCCAACGACGCUUGAUGGAUACGUUGCAGCUCUCAGCAUAACGCUCAGUCGUUCAUACAUUCAUCAGGUCCAGUUCCAUUUCGAAGCAUGUCAGUCGGAUGCCAUGGACGAUUUACUAUUCCGCGCACUUUUCGAGAGAGCCAUUUCGCGAACACACAAAGCGUCAACUGAAUCUGUCAAUUUGACUGCACUGUCAGAACCUUACGCGGGUUUAUAUACCAGUGGCAUCCUCGACUUGCGCAUAAGCCAGUUCAUGCCGUCUAUGAUCACCUUGUUCUCUCUCAAUUCCAUUGUCUGCUUAUACAUCGUCGACAAAGCACAUGACACUGCAGCAUCGGAUUUCAAGGCCGUAUUCAAGCUGAUGCCGUGCCUGCGCACGCUAGCCGUGUCUCACAUCCAACCCCACUCUCUCGCUCGACCAUUAGCUCCGUACCAGGGACACAACGGCGCGUUUGAGAUCCCCGUUCCCCAGCUUCGAGAGCUUACGAUUGAUUGUGUUGAUUUCUCGGCCGAGAAGGACCAUGCACAGAGCGGCUUAUCUCUCGCGGAAUGUCUUUCCGCCCGUUCGGCCCGUGGAUCGCCACUCGAUAAGCUGUUGCUUAUCCCCUGUACUGAGACAGGAGAUGGUAGAUAA